AGUAUAUAUAUAUUAUGAACCCCAAUGUGCAAUUUAAUUUAAUAUGAUCCCCAGAUUAAAUAAAUAAAUUUUGAGAUCCCCAACUCUUAUUUAAUUACUAGUACUGCACCCAACCUCUAUUCAGUAUUCACUAACUCCCACUAUAGUACAUGAUUUGAUUUUAUCACUUCCAAAAACAAAAAACAAAAAAAAAAAAAAGAAUGCCUCCAAAUUGCGCAUCAGAUAUAAUUGAGAAUCAGAAAUCAUUCAGAAUAAAGCAUGAAGAUGACAAGUUCUUCACAAGGCUACUAUCAAAGGAGAAUUCAAAGUCAUCUUUCAGGGUAUAUUACGGCGACGUUUCGAGUGCAGUUCCAUUCACAUGGGAAACUUGUCCAGGUACACCUAAGCAUAAUUCUUCUUCUUCUUCUUCUGAUCAUCAUCAUGUAAAUUUGAUGCCCCCUCUCACCCCUCCACCCUCCUACUUCAUCAACAACAACAAUUUGGAUAAUAAUGAUUCUUUCAAGAGAAAUUCCUCGAGAUCCAAGAUUCUUCUCCAUAAUUUACUUAAGAGGAUGAGUCCAAAGAAAUUACCCUCGUCGUGCCACGUGGCGCCCACGUCAUCAUCGUCGCCGCACGAUGUGAUCUCGUCGUCUUCCAUUUCGUCGCUGUCGUCGUGGUCGUCGUCUGGUCGGUCCUCGUUUUCAGAUCCGAUUUCCACGCCGAAUGCCUACGUCCGCAAACGGCGCCGUUUUUCCAGCUGGGGGUCGUCUUUCGACGACAGGGCGUCUGCUAUCAGUUCCGUUCGUAAUGAUGACGUGUCCCCGCCGGCGAAUUCGUGCUUUGGGAUUGGUAAGGAUAAAAGUGACGGCGGUUACUCGGUUUUCAUAGUUAAGAAGGCUUUUUUGUCCAUCGUCGGCCGCGGCCGUGCCUCUUCCGCCUGAGGUAAUUAAAUAGUUUGCUUCAUGUUGCAACUUGCACGUGCGACGUCGCACGCACUUGAUUUAGUCUGUCUUUUUGUUUUUUUUAUAUAAUUUAAAUUCGUCGUCGUGCUGAAUUUUUAUCCGCCUCGUGUUGUAAUAUAGUUAAAAUUAUAUUUGCUCUGAUUCGACUUCAAUAAUCCCAGUUGAAAUGUAUCGUACCUACUGUGAGUUUAUAUGUAAAUUCAUCUCCCAAUUACUGCAUUAUAUCACACCUUAUUUA